GGCCCGGCUCGGGGCUCCUGCGAAAGGCAGCGCGUUCCCCGCCGCCGCCGCCGCGGGAGGAAUGCGGAACCAGCCCCGUGCAAAGAGCUGCGGCGGCCGCUGCUGCCCGGGCUGGAGGCUGCUCAGCGCCCAGUGAGCAGGAUGGGGAAGCGGGAGCCCUAAGCGCCCUGCUGCCGCCCAGGGGGUCCGCCUUGCCCGUCUGAGCCGGGGCCAGAUGAAGCAGCCCCCGGCGGCGAGGUAGCUUCUCCAGCGCCCCCAGCCCAGCCCCAUGAAGCUCAUCUAGCGGCGGCGGCGGAGGAGGAGAGAAGCCAGAGCCGAGCCCUGCUCGCUCGCUCGCACCGGCCCCAUGGCGAGGGAGAAGCCCAGGAAGGCGUUGCAGGAGCUGCUCCAGAGACCGGGCAACCAGCUGUGCGCGGACUGCUCCGCACCUGAUCCAGACUGGGCAUCGCAUACCCUAGGAGUGUUUAUCUGUUUAAAUUGUUCAGGAAUCCAUCGCAAUAUCCCACAAGUCAGCAAAGUGAAAUCAGUCCGUUUAGAUUCGUGGGAUGAUGUUCAAGUUGAGUUUAUGGCCGCAAAUGGAAACAAUGUAGCAAAAGCAAGAUAUGAAUCUAAAAUACCACCAUUUUAUUACAAGCCAACAUUUCCUGACUGUCAACUGCUACGAGAACAGUGGAUCAGAGCCAAAUAUGAAAGAAAAGAAUUCAUUUACACUGAGAAGCAAGAGCCUUAUUCUGCAGGGUACAGAGAAGGACUUCUGUGGAAGAGAGGACGUGACAACGGGCAGUUCUUAAGCAGAAAAUUUGUGUUAUCAGAACGGGAAGGCGCACUGAAGUACUUCAACAAAAAUGAUGCAAAAGAACCCAAAGCAAUUAUGAAGAUUGAACAUUUAAAUGCGACUUUCCAACCUUCAAAAAUAGGGAACCCACAUGGACUACAAAUCACUUACUUGAAGGACAACAGCACAAGGAAUAUCUUUGUCUAUCAUGAAGAUGGCAAGGAAACAGUGGAUUGGUUCAAUGCCAUCCGUGCAGCACGGUUCCAUUAUUUACAAGUGGCGUUCCCUGGAGCUAGCGAUGUCGAUCUGGUGCCAAAGCUUUCUAGGAACUACUUGAAGGAAGGUUACAUGGAAAAGACUGGGCCAAAGCAAACGGAAGGUUUCAAGAAGCGAUGGUUCACCAUGGACGACCGAAGGCUGAUGUAUUUCAAAGAUCCUCUGGAUGCCUUUGCUAGAGGGGAAGUAUUUAUUGGGAGCAAGGAAAACAGUUACAAGGUCCUGGAAGGACUCCCACCAUCCACCCAGGGAAAUCACUGGCAGUAUGGGAUAACCAUUGUGACCCCAGAUAGAAAAUUUCUCUUUGCUUGUGAGACAGAAAGUGAUCAGCAAGAAUGGAUUACAGCUUUUCAGAAAGUCAUAAGCAGGCCAAUGCUGCCUCAGGAAUAUGCAGUGGAAGCCCAUUUCAAGCAUAAACCUUAGCUGGGACUGUCGGAGCAGACCCAAGGAACGAGAUGAUGUUUACAACACAAGAUGGUUUUAUUUGAAAUGUUUAAAAAAUAAUAAAAGAAAAUUAGAAAAAAGUCCUUCACUUAAUCCUGUUGGAAGCCAAGAAGUCAGCGGCAAAGGUCACAUAGAAGCUGCUGAGCCAUAGCAAAACCAAACCUUGCACUUCUCUAGGUAGGCGCUGUGGGACUCUUGUUUAUAGCACUACCUAAUGCUCGUCCAUAGGCUACACUUCCAUGUGCCACCAUUUUGUGUAUCUCACUACAUUAGGUAAAGAAUUACCACAAAUACCUGAGCAUGUUGUCAACAUAAUAGAUUCUGAAUGGUGUGCACCAGGAUGCCCCUGGGUCUGUGCUAACUUGUAAUAAUAACACAACCCAGUCCAGAGUGGUCCAGAAUGCUUUGUGAAACAAAUUUGGUUGUAUUCCGUAAAAGCAUUUUCACAGGGUAUUGAUGAUUGCCUUGAAAACAUUAAUGGCACAUCCCAAAGAUAUGGUGUGCUUGACAGUCUGCAAACAUGGGCAAUGGCUAGAAAUAACUGAUGCAAAACAUCCUGUGGAAUAUGGAAAUGAGCAAUUUAGCUCUUGAUGAGAAGGGAAGAAAAAGUGCUUCAUAUUGUAUCUCAUAUAUAUAGACCUCUUCAAAAAACAGUUAUACUAAUGACAACUGGGUUUUGGCUACCUGCCUUUUAUCUUCUGUAAUGAUUCAGUAGUUUAGAUCAGGAAUGGUUCUAAUUUGGUCCUAGUUUUUCAGACCUGAACUUUCCCGACAUUCUGGAGAGUCUGGACCUGGUAUUGUCACGGGGCAAAUUUGUGAAGUUGUCAUCCGACUCUGAAGUCUCUCAAAGUUCACAUCUCUGGCCUUGCUCUCAGUCUCUAGUUUAGACACAUUAGUCUUUGGGUUACCUUCUCCUGGCAGGGCCAGGGUAUUCAAAUUCAACAGGGUUUUCCCUGAUGAACUCACUGUCCCAACUCUCUUUUUACGAAGCCUUUUCUCAUCUCCCAAGAGAUCAUUAAGUCCUAACAGAAUAUAGAGCACAAGCUUAAAACAGAGUAAACAACUCCAUUGUCUUUAAGUGAAGGGAAUGAUGAAUUAUAAGCCAAUAGGGGAGUUUGACGUUAGCGGUGACAUGUCAGAAAGCAGUAUAAUAUGCUCUGUGGUGUGGAUGGUGCAAAUGCUUUAAAAAGCAAGUAACAUAAAUACUGCUCUUUAGGUGCUUAAAUUAAGGGUCCCAAUGGUAAAUUGCCUCUGUGUUAUUCCAUACAGACCGUGUAUACUGGACAGGGUCUCAGAUGCUUCCUUUUUUAUUCUAUUUGGUGGUGAAGUGACUAAAUGUUUUGCUUUUGUUCCAAGUGUGAUGAUGAGGAAAUGAUUUGCCAAGAAAUGGUAUUGACUCCAGAGCAUUCUCCUCACACCAGAGUGUGGCUCACUGUUGCAUAAAGUAUCACUCCAAGCAAAGAGCUUUCACUGACAUCCAGGAUGCUGACAUCAGGGCUUGUCUACACUACCUGCCGGAUCGGCUGGCGGUGAUUGAUCCAGUGGGGGUUGAUUUAUUGUGUCUAGUCUAGAUGCGAUAAAUUGAUCCCUGAGCGUGCUCCCGUUGAUUCCUGUCCUCCACCGCCGUGAGAGGUGCAGGAGGAGUCAACGGGGGAGCGGCAGCAGUUGACUCACCGCAGUGAAGACACCGCGGUGAGUAGGUCUAAGUACAUUGACUUCAGCUACGUUAUUCACAUAGCUGAAGUUGCAUAACUUAGAUCAAUUCCCUCCUCCCCUCCAUGCGUAGACCAGGCCUGGGGCAGAGAUAUGCAGCAUACCUUGGAGAAAUGAACUUAGCCCACACUUUGAACAGAAUUCAUUUAAGACUUGAUCCUGCAUUCCUUGCACAAUGGAAGCGCCUUUGGACUCUGGGGUGGGGGUAAGGAAUGCAGGAUUGGGGGUAUAUUUAGGGCAUGAUUUACAAUGUGACUUGGGGCAGAUGUGCAUGCCAGUUGCACAGAUCAUUCCUUCAAACAAUUCCUUCUGUAUUGCCAGUGCCUGUCCAUGACCUUAACAUACUAUCUCCGCAUUUCUUCAGUUGUGGAGAGGCUGAGCUGAAUGAGGUACUAGCCAAAACAAAGGGCUCUAUUCAUGGCAGGUCCAGCCAGAUGUCUUUACAGUGCAUUGCAGAAGCACACAAUUGCCAUGCCUUGAAGAAUAUUGCAUGUGCACUGCCUCGGAAGCUCAGCCAAAAUGGCAUUUGAAAUAGUUUGGCUUCCGUGGUCUUGUGAUGUGUAAAUGUUGCUACUGACUCAUUCUCAAGCUAUCAUAAAGGUGAAUUUAUAAAUAAAUUGAUGUAAUGUAAGUGACCGUCACACCUUGUAAGUAAUGCUAACUUUAUGUAGGCUAGUUUCAAAUGGGAUUUUAAAAAGAAAUCCGUGGGGUUGGCCUCCUUAGCUGCUUAUCAAAGUGCACAUCCAGGAAGUGCCCGUGACUGACACAGGAAUGUCAGCUCAGAGAAAUCCCACAAUGACUGUGGCAUGUCCCCGUAGGAACACUGUAGGCCUACACAGUGGAGUGUGAGAAUUCAGCAUUCGGAGCCAGAUGAUAAGCACAGACAAAAACUCAUGGUCCUUCAGCUGGGCGCAGGCAACCCUGGCCCUGUUUGCAGGGCAUUAUGGGUCUGAUUAUAGUUCAGAGCUUUCCAGUUUUACUCCCAAGAGAGAUCACUGCACUAAAGCUGGGGAGAUUGAGCAAUACCCUUCUAGUGCAUCUGCAUGUUGCUGUUUCCGUGCUGGGAUGGGACCCAACAGUCAGGCUAGCUUUGAAAUCCACACUUACCCUCCAGGACCAUAAAUCUCCUGAUGACCACCUUCCAUGGCCUCAGACCCGUCAAUGUUUGUUGGGUUUUUAUAUCUUCUCAACUCACACUUGAGCAAUGAUCUCCAUUGUUAUUUAUUCAGCCCAGUUCAGAGGCCCAGCAUGAGGCUUAUGCACUGCUUACGUCCAACCUGGAGAACUUAAGCAAUGCAUAUGGCUUCUGUGGAACCUCUGCACAAGGGUAAAUUUCAUUGUAAGUGCACUGGGAGCUUUGCUAAAUCAUAAUAGAAGGAAGCAUGGAGCCUGAGAGGGAAUGGAACAGACAAAGAGUACGUCUACACUGCAAAAACGGGCAGACCUGCAGCAGUCAGUCUCAGAACCCAGGUAGCUGACUUAAGCGCCUGCGACAGGGCUAAAAAUAACAGCGUAGAUGCUUAGGCUGGAGCCUGGGCUCUGGGACUCAUCCCCCCUUGCUGGGUUUCAGAGUCUGGGCUCCAGACCGAGCCCAGACAUCUACCCUGAUAUUUUUAGCCCUGUAGUGUGAGCCACGAAAGCCUAAGUCAGUUGACCUGGGCUCUGAGACUUGCUACCGCAAGCCUUUUCUGUGCAGUAUGGACCAACCCAGACAGUCUAGUGGCGAAAGACGAUUAUGAAGGGGGAGAGAGAAAAAUUUCACUGAAAAGGUAGAUCCAGAAACGAGCGAGGCCACCCAGCCAAUCUUUUGCGGGUGCUCUUCCAUCUUUGGUCCCUAAUUCAUGUUUCUUUAUCAAGCGUUGAUUGCGGCAGUAAAUUUCUCUCUCUCUGCCUCGUACAGCAUCCAGCACAGCAGCAAAUCAGAGGAGGGGGAUGUGAGCCCUCCCCCAAGGAUUUAACCCUCGGGGUCAGUACAAAAUGAUGCCAUUUGAGUGGUUUAGAUUUGAUAUACAGAGUUGGCUGACGUUAGUGGGCUUCCCAAGGCUGUAAGGAGGAGGGGAAGGUGUGCUGAAAGGCAAGGAAUGGAGCGGGGAGGAGCUGGAUGUGGGAGGGGUUCCAAGCAUGGGGGGCAGUGUGGAAAAAUUCAGCAAGGGAGAGACAAAGGAGGUAGUAAGGCAGGAUGAAUGGGGGCCCGUGGAGAAUGCAGAUCCCACCCCACAAUGCUAGACCGUGGAGACUUCACAUACGGGGGGAGGGUGACUCCCAUGGCCUGGAGCAGGAAUCCACCUGUGUACGUGAUGCUGGAAUUGGGCCUGUUGUUCUCCAUGGCUGCAGUCCAGUCCAUUAUAUGUCAAAUUAAGUGGGGCCUCCUGGUAAACGGGCCUUGGCUCAACAAAAAUGUUGACAACCCUGCCCUAGAAAGUCAACAGAGUCUCUCGAACUCU